AUGAUUGUCAAUAAAAUUAUCGCCAAUAAUGAUGGUCAGAUUAUUCAAGGUGUUAAAAUUGAAAGUUGGUUGAAAGAUCUUAUUGGCUUUCAUGCUACCGAAUCAUUUCCACGAGACGUGAUGCAUGAUAUCGCUGAAGGUAAUACUAUGAAUUGGUUAAUAGUUACAGAUACAAAAAAUUAUUUUUUUUUUAAUUGAGGUGUGUGCCCGUUCAUCAUAAGUGCUCUCUUAAAAGAAGUUAUUCAACAACGCCUUUUGACUUAUUCAGAUAUUGAACAACGCACAUCAUGUUUCAUCUAUGGAUUCUAUGAUUCAUCAUAUAAACCACCACCUGUAAAAAAGCAACGAUAUUAUUGGUGAUCUUACUCUAUUUCCAUUAUACACUAUUUUACGUGAAAUUAUAAGCUACAUAUAUGCCAAUCCACUUAGAAAAUCAUGGUUAUCGUACUUAAAUGGUUUAUGUAAACAAUUUCAUUGUCUUAUGAUCGAACAUUUACCUGAUUAUGUAACACUAAAAGCACAUUUUUCAAUGGAGUAUACUCGUUCCAUUGAAAUGU